AAGAGGAAGAGGACGCGGAGGAAGAGGAAGAGCUGCAUCUUUAUUUGUCUCUGUCUGCGGUCCGGGCUCAUCUUAAGCAGGCAGUCUGACGGAACAGCAGAGGAAACAAUGAGUACAACAAAACAGGACCAACAUGGAGCGAGAAGUCAGCACUCUCGGGAGGCUGACAAACCUCACAGGAGGAAGGGAGAAAGAAAAUACAACUGUGACAAGUGUGGGAAGGCUUUUACUCGGAAGUAUUUCCUAGAAAGACAUGAAGUCAUCCACACCGGAGAGAGACCGUUCAGAUGUGACUUGUGUGGGAAGUCUUUUACCCAGCCUGGAAACUUAAAAGCACACCAGGUCAUCCACAGUGGAGUUAGAGCAUUCAGUUGUGAUGAAUGUGGGACAGGUUUUACCCGGAAAGAAGGUUUGGAAAAGCACAAGCUCAUCCACAGCGGAGUUAAACCAUACAGCUGUGAUCAGUGUGGCAGAGCCUUUACUCAAAGUAGCAGCUUAAGGAAACAUCAAGUUACCCACUCUGGACAUAAGGCGUACAGCUGUGAGAUCUGUGGGAAAACUUUCAGCCAUUUAGAGAAUCGAAAUAAACACCUACGCAUCCACACCGGCCAGGACGUGUACUGCUGUGAGCAAUGUGGCAAACUGUUCGUAAGAUACAAACAAUUACAAAUCCACAGAUUUACCCACACUGAGGAGAGACCUUACAAAUGUGACCUGUGUGAUAAGACUUUUAAAGCUCCCAGUUCGGUUAAAGUCCACCAACAGAUCCAUAGCAGAAAGAGACUCUACAAAUGCAGUUACUGUGAGAAGCAGAGUGACACAGAUGGAUCCAAUUCUCAACCCUGUUAUCACUGUGGUGGUGGGAAACCGUUUCGCUGUGACCUUUGUGGGAAAACUUUCAACUGGCAAACAAACUUAAUAAUGCAUCAACGUAGACACACUGGACACAAACUGAACUACUGUAAAGAAUGUGGGAAAGGCUUUCCCACACCAGAUAAAUUAAAACGCCAUGAACUCAUCCACAGUGGUGUUAAAGAGCACCUCUGUGACCAGUGUGGGUUGUCCUUCACCACCGCAGAUCAACUCAAAGUACAUGAACGAGUCCACACAGGAGAGAAACCAUACAAGUGCAGACACUGUGAGAAAAGCUUCUCACGGUCAGACAAACGUAACCGUCAUGAACAUACUCAUGCUGGCAAGAACUGCAGCAGGACUCAGAGUUCAUAAUCCAAACACAAACGAUCCCAUGAUCGAAAUAAACUCUUUCACUGUUACCUGAGAAAGUUGAUUCUGUUCAUCUGAAGUUUCAGUGACUUCUUCAGGUUUCCCCAGCCCUAUAAACAGCAGUUACAGAAUUACUAAAACUACAAGCCAUGAGAUCAGCUUCAUGAUUGCUAAUAUGCAAAUUGUCAUGACCAUUGAUCAGUGGCCAUGGGUACUAUUCCCAGAGCUGGGGAAUGGCAGCAAUCACAGCACUGUUAGAUGACAAAAGAUGUACCCUUAGGCCUCAUCCUCGGGUCAGAGACAGUCAUUCCGGUUUGACUCCUCAGACCAACGUUUCUCCUUGUCCAUGAUGUGCACCAGGGUUAUAAGAGUUUUAGAUUUUACAUUAUGGUUUAGUUUUAGUUCGUUUUCGAAGUGUUUUUUCUUGUUUUUAUUUUUGGUUUAAUGCUUAGUUUAAGUUUAG